UAUCUUGCUGCCGAUGCUGCUUCUUCCGUCUUUAUCCCUUGUGCGCCGAGCAGUUUAAAUUUCGCAGACACAGUAAAACAGAUCACGCGCGUGUUUCUUUGGAGCUGCCACAUUUAACCCUGGAAAAGAGGGCGGCUUCUGGCCGUACUGAAGAGCUUCCGCUAUUCUUUCCACGGGCUCUCAUUGGCUGCUGCUCGGCUUGUUAACUCCUGGGGACAGACUGGUGGCUGUCCGUAAGAUCUGAAGGUACAACCUAUCUCCCACUUCUCUCUUUGUUCCGCCAAUACUGUAAUUGACUGGUGGCCCCUUCCCCCGGACAUUACAAUAGGAGAAGGCUUCUCUUUAAAAUAACCACCGCUGUACAGGAACACAGCUUAUUAAAGGUUCCAUAAUAAAGGUUCCAAGGUGAUUCGAGGCUGUCCUGUUUCACUUAAACUGAGCUUUAUGGACUUGUACAUGAUGAAUUGCGAACUCUUGGCAACGUGCAGUGCCCUUGGCUUCUUGGAGGGAGACACAUACCACAAAGAGCCAGAUUGCUUAGAGAGCGUGAAGGACUUGAUCCGCUACCUUCGUCAUGAGGAUGAGACUCGGGAUAUCCGGCAACAGCUGGGAGCAGCACAAAUCCUGCAGAACGACCUGAUCCCUAUCAUCAUCCAGUACCCCCAGGAGAAACAGCUCUUUGAUGCUAUUAUCAGGUUAAUGGUAAAUCUUACCCAGCCAGCUGUUCUCUGCUUUGGCAAACUCCCCCAGGAUGCCAGCUUCCGACAUCACUUCCUACAAAUCGUCUCUUACCUGCAGGCUUACAAAGAAGCGUUUGCCAAUGAAAAGAUAUUUGGGGUGCUGAGUGAGAAACUGUAUGACUUGCUGCAGCUGGACUGGGAACAGCGUCAAGAGGAGGAUAACCUCUUAAUUGAGCGCAUCCUACUUCUGGUGCGCAAUGUGCUGCAUGUUCCAGCUGAUCCCGAUGAGGAAAAGAGCAUCGAUGAUGAUGCAAGCACCCAUGAUCGUGUGUUAUGGGCCAUGCACAUAAGUGGCAUGGAUGACCUGCUGAAGUUCUUGGCCAGUUCCCAGAGUGAGCAGCAGUGGAGCCUGCACGUGCUGGAGAUCAUUUCCCUUAUGUUUCGGGACCAGAAACCAGAGCAGCUGGCAGCCACAGGGCAGGGCUGCUCAGCCAAGGACCGAGUCGCAGAUGUAGCAGAGCUGGAGGUCCUGAGGCAGAAAGAACUGGCUGAGAAGAAGAACCGUGUAUUCCAGCGGAGCAGCAGGCACUCUCGGUUUGGUGGCUGCUACAUCAUCCAAGGCUUGAAGUCUAUUAGUGACAGAGAUGUGGUGAUACACAAGGGGCUACAUAAUCUGAAGAACUACAGCCAUGAUCUGGGCAAGGAGGUCCAUCGGGUGCCCAGGAGGCGCCAGCUCGCUCCUGACAGCGAGGGCACCCCUCGCCGCUCAGCCCUCAAUGUGAGAAUCUUCCUCAAGGAGUUCUGUGUGGAGUUCUUGGAAAACUGCUACAAUCGACUCAUGUAUCUGGUGAAGGAUCACCUGGUUAGAGAGAAGGCUCAGCAGCAUGAUGAGACCUAUUACUUGUGGGCCAUAGCCUUUUUCAUGGCAUUCAACCGGGCCUGCUCUUUUCAACCUCAGCUGGUUUCUGAGACUGUUGGAGUCCGGACCUUCCAUUUCAUUGAGCAGAGUCUGACCAACUACUAUGAAAUGAUGCUUAUUGAUAAGAAGGAGGCCACGUCUUGGUCCAGAAGGAUGCAUCUGGCUCUCAAGGCCUACCAAGAGUUGCUGAUGACUGUGCAUGAAAUGGACCGCUCGCCAGAUGAAGCUGUGCGCCACAGCAGCCACAUCUUAAAGAAUAACAUUUUCUAUGUGAUGGAGUACCGCGAGCUGUUCCUCACUCUUUUCCGUAAGUUCGACGAAACUAAGCAGCCCAGGUCAUUCCUCAAGGACCUGGUAGAGACCACGCACCUUUUCUUGAAGAUGCUGGAGAAAUUUUGCAAGGGGAGGAGCAACCUAGUGGUCCAGCAGAGCAAGAAAUCCAAGAAGAAGAAGAAGAAGGCCCUGGCUCGCCAUACUGGGUCAGAUGUGCAUUCCCAUUCUCCCGAAGAGCUGGAGGAGAUGUGGCCUAGGCUGGCUGAGCAAAUCAAGAAAUGCACAGAGGGUUCUGAGCCUCUUCCAGAGAGCAUCGUUCCCUUUGAUGCAGCCUCAGAAGUCUCAAUGGAGGAUCAGAGAGCUGAAGCUAUGAUACGGAUUCAAGACAGCCUGCUAGGCGGCCGAGCAUCUGAAGCACUGUCCCUCUUACAUUCAGCGAGGGAGGUGUGGCCAGAAGGUGACAUUUUUGGAUCACCCACCCUGGAUUCAGAGGAAGAGACUGAGCUGCUGAGACGCAUCUUUUCUGCCCACCUCACUCGUCAAACAGCACCAGAGCCAGAUGAACCUGAGGAGGCAGCUGAGGAAGAAGAGGUUGCUGAGGAAGAAUUGGCAUCAGUACAAACAUCAGAAAGAGAGUUCAACUUUCUGGACUACGCAAAGCAGUUUGCCAGAGCUAACGUGGUCAAGGCCUACCUUCUGCUCUUCAAGAGCUAUGCUCAGAACAGCAGCCACACCAACCACUGUGUAGUCAAGAUGCUGCACCGCAUUGCCUAUGACCUCAAGAUGGAGGCCUUGCUCUUCCAGCUUUCUGCCUUCUGCCUCUUCAACAGACUCCUCAGUGACCCUGCUGCCGGUGCGUACAAGGAGCUGGUGACCUUUGCCAAAUACAUUGUGGGCAAGUUUUUUGCACUCACAUCCACCAACAAGAAGGCUUACAUGGAGCUGUUGUUCUGGAAGAGCACUGCUGUGGUACGGGAGAUGACUGAAGGAUACACCUUGAUGAGGGAAGAGGGAAGUUCUGCUACUUGCAAGGCCUCCCAAUGGACUGAGGAAGAGGAAGAAGAGCUGCGGGAACUCUAUUACAAGUACAAGGAAGUGGAAGGUGAAGACAUCCUGAACAACAUCCUGGCACACCUGAGCACACCCAGCCGGACACGUAAGCAGGUGGCCAAGCAGCUGGUGCGCUUGGGCCUAGCAAGGAGUGUGCGAGACUUCCCCCAGGAGCGGAAGGGAACACGGAUUGUGCUGUGGACACAGGAUCAGGAGUCAGAGCUUCAGCGGCUCUUUGAGGAAUUCCGUGACACAGAUGAUAUCUUGGCCAAUGUGAUGAGGCACAUCACAGCCAAGCGCUCCAAGGCCCGCAUUAUCGACAAGCUGCUCAGCAUGGGGCUGGUGUCUGACCGCAAGGAGCUCUACAAGAAGCGCAAGCGCAGGCCUGGCUCUCUUGGCGCGAACAAAGAGGUGUUACCCAAGGACUUUGGAGUCCCUGACCUGGAUGAGAAUGAUGACGAGGAAGAGGAGGAGGAGGAGGAAGAUUUGGAUAGCGAUGAAGAAGAGGAACCAUCUCGGGGGGAUAGUGACAGUGACAUGGGCAACAGGCCUGUGAAUGAGCGGACUAGCAGGAAAUGGGGGGCUGCAUCAGAUAGAGAUGCCCAGGAGCUUGUGCAGAGUCUGAGGCAGGAAGGUUUGUCUGGCCCCCUGUCAUGGCUCCAGAGCUGCUUGAACCGAACAGCUGCUGACCGGGAAGAGGAUGGAUCUGCCCAGCCUGUACCUCUGGUGCCACUCUCUGAAGAGAACGAGGAUGCCAUGGAGCACAAGGAUUUCCAGAAGCUUCUACGGAAAAUGAGGCUGCGAGCCCCAGCCAGCGAGCAGGAAUCUUUCUGGCGCAUCCCGGCCAAACUCAGCCCAGAGCAGCUACGACACAUGGCUGCUUCCAUUGCCCCAGAGGUCAUGGAGGGAGAAAGCAAAGAUAAACCAACUGAGGAAGACCGCCUUGAUACAGGGGAGCCACAGUGCCUGAUACUAGAAAAAGAAGAACCCAUCCAGCACUCUCAAGGACCGAAGCGGAGCCACUUGAUUAAUGACAUGGAGGAGGAAAGUCAUAGCCAAGGCUCCAGCGAUGAGGAAGGGCCACGUCCCUCCAGCAAGAGGAAAUGCCUGCGAAUUGAGGAGGAAGAGGAGGAAGAUUGAUGGAGUGGAGCUCCCUUCCUACUGGGUCAGCAAGGCCAGUUAAGCCCACCACCCACCCUGGGGCUUUGAACUGUCACCUCAGGCUGUGGUAUCUUGGAUAAGACCAUAUUGGAAAUGACUGCAAUCCCCAUCUCCCCAGUGCAUGGCACUUUUGCUUUUUGCAGGGGAAUAUACAGGAUAAACUCCUGGAGGUGAAAAUGGAGUGUGAGAUGUCAUACAAAAAGAAGAAUAGGAGAAGAGGGAGCAGGCUUGUAUCCAUGCUGCUCUACUUCAAGAGACACUAGAUACUAAAUCUCUUUCAAGAAGAAUUCUUCCUUUAAACUGUUCCAUGUUUGUAGAUGGCUAUUGGUAACCUACUCCCUAAGUGGCAUUGUUCACAUAUAACAGUGGCAGAUUGUGAGUUAAUUAACAAUUAGAGUUAGUAAGGUGAACUGUGAGUUGUUUAACCCACAGUUUGCUUAUAGCGCCCCACUUUAACCCGGAUCAGCCCAGCUAGGGUUCAAAAAGGCUGUGGAAUACACGCAACAGGCACCAUGGAAAAUUUUCCCCUAUUACAAUGACAGCCCCAUUGUCAGCCUAGAGCCAAAGAAAGCUAUUCUUGCAGAUUUGGGUUGCCCAGCAGAAAUGGAGCAGGCUGGCUCUUCCUGUCCUUGGCUUUUGGAUCUGCCUCGCACCCUCCCCCUGGGCCUGCCCUUGUCCCCUUGUUUAGUCACAUGUUGCCUUAAAAUAUUGGCACACUUCCUUUUUUAUACAUGCUCUUUCCCUUGCAUCUUGUUUUCCCGCUUACAUUCUUUCCCCCAAAAUGGGUGCUGGAGCUGGAAAUGUACCUUCCCAUUUAAUAGCAUGCGUUGAGAGUUAAAUGGGGGCAAGUGGAGGACAGAAUUCAGAAGUUGCAGCUACACAGAGAAGAGGAAGUCCAGGGCUGCUUUCUGCACUGAAGGCUUCCCAAAACAAAAUUUCUCCCUUGCCACAGGCUGCAGUUCUUUCGGUCUUGCUCCCUUUGUCAGCUGUUUCAUUGCUUGGGCUGUUCCUGUUGGAGGCAACAUCAGAGAAAUUGAUACAGAUUGUCUUCUACCUGACUGUUCAGGAGCUACCCCAGUGCCAGCCGCGUCAUGU